CAAGGGCUUCCCGCCCUGAGGUUUGAUCCGCCCCGGCUGCGGCUGCGCCCAACCCACCCCGUGGGGCCGCCGCCCAGCCUAGCCUAGGCAGGGCAGGCACCCGCUGCAGGGCCUCCGGCCUUCAGCGCCUGUCCCUCGCCCGGGGCGCUGCCUCUUGGUGCAGAACCAUGGUGCUGCAAACGUUUGGUGUGAGACCCGAGAGACCCGUGGUGUAAGCAGGCUUCUCUACUGGAUACGCGUAUUUCUAGAUACUUAACAUGCUGAUUUUAAAGUAGCUCAAAGGUGUUGGCAUAUUCAACCCAUCCAUUAGUGAUUGCUCAAAGGGCACUAAUGUCCAAAGGGUCUGUGAAAGAUGAACUUGGCUGAGAUUUGUGAAAAUGCAAAGAAAGGAAGAGAAUAUGCACUUCUGGGAAAUUACGACUCGUCAAUGGUGUACUACCAGGGGGUGAUCCAGCAGAUUCAGAGACACUGCCAGUCAGUGAGGGACCCCGCCAUCAAAGGCAAAUGGCAUCAGGUUCGGCAGGAACUGUUAGAAGAAUAUGAACAAGUUAAAAGUAUUGUCAACACUUUAGAGAGUUUUAAAAUUGACAAGCCCCCAGAUUUCCCUGUGUCCUCUCAGGACGAGCCACUGAGAGAUCCUGCUGUCUGGCCACCUCCUGUCCCUGCGGAGCACAGAGCGCCACCCCCGAUCCGGCGUCCCAGUCGAGAAGUGAGACCUCUGAGGAAAGAAGUGGCAGGAAUAGGAGCCCGGGGACCUGUAGGCCGAGGACACCCGAUAUCAAGGAGUGAAAAACCUUCUGCAAGUAGGGACAAGGAUUAUAGAGCGAGAGGGAGAGAUGACAAGGGAAGGAAAAAUAUGCAAGAUGGUGCAAGUGAUGGUGAAAUUCCAAAAUUUGAUGGUGCUGGCUAUGAUAAGGACCUGGUGGAUGCCCUUGAGAGAGACAUUGUAUCCAGGAAUCCUAGCAUUCACUGGGAUGACAUAGCAGAUCUGGAAGAAGCUAAGAAGUUGCUGAGGGAAGCUGUUGUCCUUCCAAUGUGGAUGCCUGACUUCUUCAAAGGGAUUAGAAGGCCGUGGAAGGGUGUACUCAUGGUCGGCCCCCCAGGCACUGGUAAAACUAUGCUGGCGAAAGCUGUUGCCACGGAGUGUGGCACAACAUUCUUCAACGUGUCCUCUUCCACUCUGACUUCCAAGUACAGAGGUGAAUCUGAGAAGUUAGUCCGGCUGUUGUUUGAAAUGGCUAGGUUUUAUGCCCCUACCACAAUCUUCAUUGAUGAAAUAGAUUCCAUCUGUAGUAGAAGAGGAACCUCUGAUGAACACGAGGCAAGUCGCAGAGUGAAAGCUGAGCUCCUCAUUCAGAUGGAUGGCGUUGGGGGAGCUUUGGAAAACGAUGACCCCUCCAAAAUGGUUAUGGUGUUGGCGGCUACUAAUUUCCCGUGGGACAUUGACGAAGCUUUGAGAAGGAGAUUAGAAAAAAGGAUAUACAUACCUCUCCCCACAGCAAAAGGAAGAACCGAACUUCUGAAGAUCAAUCUUCGAGAGGUCGAAAUAGAUCCUGAUAUUCAGCUGGAAGACAUAGCAGAUAAGACUGAGGGCUACUCCGGCGCCGAUAUAACCAAUGUUUGCAGAGACGCUUCUUUAAUGGCAAUGAGGCGGCGUAUCAAUGGUUUAAGUCCGGAGGAGAUCCGUGCCCUGUCUAAGGAGGAGCUUCAGAUGCCUGUCACCAAAGGAGACUUUGAGUUGGCGCUUAAGAAAAUUGCUAAGUCUGUCUCUGCUGCAGACUUGGAGAAAUACGAAAAAUGGAUGGUUGAAUUUGGAUCUGCUUGAGUUUUUGUCAGCUCUUUCACUUCUGGCAUUUUUAUUUAUCAAAUGUGAAGAAAUUCCUGAAAUUUGUUUUUAAACAGGUUUGGAAUUUUUCUUUGGAACUAUUUUCCCUUCGAGGAAAAAAAGACACACAAAGAUCUAAAAGUACAAAACAAAAGAAAUCCUAACUGUAGAUGAGAAAUGAAAGACUUAGUAGAGUCUGGCUGGGCAUGGCAGUUGCAUGCCUGUAAUUCCCAUCUUCACAAAAGGGUAGAAGCCAGCCUGGGGUACAUACAUAGCAAGAUUCUAUCUCAAAACUAAACAAAAACUUGAUAGAGUUUGAUGGUCUCCCUCUCCGCCUAUGUAGUCAUGCAUUAGUAUUAACACACCCAAACCAGUAUAAUAGGGAGGCUAAGGAACAUAGCAGUGUAGUUUUAGGAAUUGUUUACAGAUGAUUUGGUAAAUCUGUUUCUCAGCUGACCUUGUUGGCUUUUGUCUUUGUUUUCAAUUCUUUACUCUGCGAACAUGCGGUCCUUAUGUAUAUUGACUCCUCACAGCCAAACUAGGUUCAAGUCAAAUUCAUUCAUUAUGAGAAGAAUGCCAAUAAGUUUUGGAGGAAAUAAAUUUGCUACUUAAA